AUGGACGGUCUUAGUUUUUAUUCUCUUCCUGAUAAUUUAUGUUCUUGGUUAGAAAGGGAUUUUGAUGAGGAUGAUAUUUUCAGUUCUAUAAAAAGUUUGGGUAAAAACAAGGCUCCAGGCCCUGAUGGAUAUCACAUUGCUUUUUUAUCAGCAGACUUGGAGCAUAAUUCGAGAGGAUAUGAUAAUGUGUUUUCGGAGUUGCAAGAUAGAGGUUUCUUGGAUUGGAGGCUAAAAAAUACUUUCAUUUCAUUAACCCCAAAGAAAGAUACCAUGGAAGAAGUGAACGAUCGAAGACCUAUUAGUUUGGUCAAUGGAGUGUACAAAACUUUAUCGAAGGUGUUGGCUAAAAGAUCUGAAGGGUAUUUCAAAAGUAUGAAGGGAAUCCAGCAAGGUGACCCUUUGUCACAAUUUCUGUUUUUAGUUGUACAUAAAUCUCUUACUGUCAUAAUGCUCAAGGUUCAAGCUAAUGGUCAUCUUAAUGGUUUUCAAGUUUCCAUGGGUGGUACGAAAAUCAGUCAUUUGCAGUUCGUUGAUGACACGCUGAUCUUUCUUGAGGUAAAUAUUAAUCAAGUUAAGUUUCUUAGAAUCCUUGUUUUGUGUUUUGAAUUGCUCACUGGUCUUCAUGUCAAUUUUUUGAAAAGUCAUAUGUAUGGUGUUGAUUAUGAUGGGGAUAUGUCUAUCUUUACAUCUCUAUUGGGAUGUUAUAACUCUACUUUACCAAUUACUUAUCUUGAACUUCCUCUAGGAGAUAAGUAUAAAGGAUCCACAAAUGGGAUAAAGUGA